AAAAUCAUGGCAGCUGCAACGUCAAGUCUGGGGAAGGAGAUUCAAGAGGAACUGUCCUGCAGCAUCUGCCUGGAGCUGUUCACCAGGCCCAAGAUGCUGCCCUGUCAGCACACCUUCUGUGAGGACUGCCUUCAAGACCAUGUAGGGGUUCAAAUUGCCUUCCAGUGUCCAACCUGCGAGCUACAGGUCAAAGUACCAUCCCAGGGGAUCACAGGCUUACCUGACAACAACCUGGUCACUAUUCUGUGUGGGAGACUGCGGAAACAGGGGGCAGCACCUGCGGAAACAAGGAAGCAGCCCCAGUCUGGAAACAGGUGCAGCUUCCACCCUACUGAAGAACUGAGGCUGUACUGUAAGCAGUGCCAGGUGCCAGUCUGUAACGAGUGUUUGGAUGAAACCCACAGUGACCACAGCACCAUCACCAUCAAGAAGGCCUCACAGGAGAAGAGGGCUCCAAUCCAGGCACUCAUCAACGAGGGGAGGAACAUCCUAGAAACGUAUCGCAGUUCCCUCCAAGGGAUCAAUGACACAGAGAAAACCCUACAGGAACAGAAGCAGCAGACGGAGAAGAGCAUUACAACACUGUACAACCAAAUGGCACUCGCACUGCUGAAGGGGAAAGACAACCUACUGGAUGAGGUGGAACAAAACCACAGCCAAAACAUAGCCGUGUUACAGAAUGAACGGGACAGGAUCUCAACCGACGUGGAUGAACUGUCUGCUGCCUGUGACAGGGCGGAGCAGGCCUGGAGAGGUGGGCUGGAGUUUCUGGCCCAGGAGACGACUCUGACAGACAUCUUAGGGAAGUACAGAGCAAAGGGGACGCCAGCUCCGGUACAAGCACAACUUGCCGUGACAGUGUUUCAGCCCACUGAUGCAGCAGUGCCGGUUCUGGGACAUGUGAUGGUCCAGUCUCCCCCAUCUGCACCAAGCUCCAUCCCCGCAGCACCACCUACAUCCAACAAUGCUGCAGCCAGGGUCAUAGGUCGUCGCCAUAGCAGUCAAAAUGGGGUUCAGGCAAAGAAAGUGUCCUUUGGCAGAAAGAGAUCAGAUAUAGAGAAUAUCUCCCUUCUGACCAGCCUGGCUUCUGCAGAUGAUGAUGUUGCAUCAGAGGGCACAGGUCAUCACCAUGGCAACCAACACCAAAGACAGCAGCAGGUGAAGAAAGUAUCAUUUACAACAUCAGAUGAUGAAGUUAUCUCAGGUCAGAACCAUGACCUUCACACAGAGCAUCAGGAUCAGAGCCUGACGUUUGGAGGAAAAGGACCAGAGGCAGAAAACCUCGACCUUCCCAGCGGAGUUGUGGUAUCAGAGGAAGGUGAAGUUUUUGUGGGAGACUACAAAGACCAGAAAGUCAAAGUCUUCACACUUGAAGGAACAUUUGUCCGCCAAUUUCCAACAGUCGUGCAAGACGGGAAGAAGAUGGAGCCCCACGAUGUGGCCAUGGAUGAAGUGGGUAACCUGUGGGUGGCUGGGAGCACAACCUCGGCAGAGCUGGCUGUACAGUACACCAAGCGGGGGCGACUACUGAGCACGAUCAGCCUACAGAAGACAGGACAGGUGAGAGGGGUCGCUGUAGACAGCAAAAGGAACCACAUCCUUGUUACACAAGCCACACGGGAAGUUGACAAAUCUAAUGGCGUAGUGCAGGUGUUCAGCCCAGAUGGAACACUUCUGAGAACUGUGGGGGGAAAGCCAGCUGCCUCGUGGCAACAAGGACUGAAGGUUCCACAGUUCAUCGCGGUCGACGGGGAAGGGAACAUUCUCGUGUCCGACUGCCACAGUCACCUCAUCUUUGUGUACGGCGCAGAGGGACAGUUCCUGUUCAAGUUUGGAGGUGAGGGAAGCAGCAAAGGUCAGCUGAAAAGUCCACAGGGCAUCUGUACGGACAGCUCGGGCAACAUCAUUGUUGCUGACAGGAAGAACAGUCGUGUGGAGCUGUACGACCAGACAGGCACGUUUGUCAGGCACAUCGCUACGGGCUUGAGGUGGCCUUGGGCUGUUGCCAUGGCAACACAGGGACAAAUUGUUGUGACCAAUGCAGACAAAAGUACUGUCACCAUAUUUCAAUCAGCUGAACUGAAUUGAACUGAAACUAUCAAAUGAUGCAAAGCAGAAUCUGUUUUAGUUUAGUACCUUUGAUACUGUUUCAAAGAGUGUUGCUACAGUAACUAAAUUCAGUAUAAAUCAGUUUACAACAUAUUGCAUUACAGCCGGCUACAUGCCCUAUUUAAGUACUGAUGGAAAUUGUAUCAUGUUGAAGAUCAAGGCAUUUCUCCGCAUUAAUAAGCCUCAAGGCUUGGGGCUCCAUGACAACAUCAACAUAUUGACAGAAAUCACAUUGUCUGCUUCCAGGAAUUGAAUAGUGUAAUAUUGAGAAAUUCUCAGUUGGGUUUAAGCUAAUAUCUUGAGGCGAUGUCUUGGAUCCAAACAAAAAUUGAUACCAGAAAAAGGAGGAUAUUAUUCUCCCAGGCUAUUAACAAGAAAAUCAAUGUUUUGAUAUUAGGCAUUUGAAUGGUGAAAGCACAACAUAUUACUUUCAAAUUGAUGGGUGCCUAUCUUGAUAAUAUCAUUAUGGACCAAAAAUGGUAUGGGAAAAGAAAGGUGUGUUGGAAGGGAAAAUAACACCUGCAGGAGUAAAAUUGUUUGAUAAAAAUAGCAGAAAGAAAACAUUGCACAAACAGUUGAAGUCAAAUAAAAUUGAUUUGAAAUUCA